AUGACUCAAGAUGAAUAUGAAUUCGUCUCCAGAGAGGCACUCUCAGCCGUUCUGGAGCACAAUGCCUCACAGUCUUCUAUCCUAUCGGGCGAGAAUCUGCGGCUCGAGCAAGUCUCGAGUCAAAAUAUUGAAAACUGGGAUGAAGCGAUGUGGUCCAACAGAAUACAAGCUGAGUGCCCUGCAAUCGGCACAGGUUUUGCCAUCGGACAUCACAGAAAAGACACUAAUGGCGAGUCACGACCCCAAAUCCAAUACCAAGAACAACAGUGCUGGAUUGACACUCUGAAUUCUCUGGCGACGUCGGCAUCUAUCAUGUUCGAAUAUCCGUUUGCGCCACAAGACUUACCCUACCCUGGCUUCCCUCCUGAAUGGCAGAAUGCACCAACCAACAGCCUCGUCUCUGAUGAAGAGGAUAUUUUCAGGCCAGAACAUCGUGCUCAUUCGGCUCUCAAGAAAACGCUGCGUCCAAGGCACGCGAAAUAA